ACCACGCUCGCUCUAUCGUUCUUCUUCGCCCCCUACGCCGCCACGCUUCCUCUCCGGGGGGUUCCUCACCAGAGCUGCGCAGCCCGCAUGCCGCCGCCGCGGAUGGAGGUGGAAGCAGACAGGGAUGCGUCGCCACCGAACCAGCACCGCACCCGCGCCGGCAUGUGGUCGGCCACCACUUCCCAUUGCCGGAGCUUCGACUGCGGGGCGGCACAGGGAUCUCCGUCUAGAUCCGUCUCUGGAUCCUCGGGCGCGCCACAGUACGCCGGGGGGUAGAUCUCGAUCUCGGUGACAGACCUGUAUGCCCUGUUGGUGAGCUUGUUUCGUAGAAUGAUGCUCCACGAGACCUUGGGCAGCAGGACGACGGAGGUAUCGCAGGCAUUAUUGGCGGGGUGUAGCCGCGAUUUAGGUCAGCAAUUACCUAUUUGUGGAUUAGUUUUCUUUUUAAAAAAAAAUGUUCACCACCUCCGGCCCCCUCUACAAACCAGGGGAUUUUGGGUACUUCCAAGGUUUGCUGCAGAGUGUAUCAACCGCCGUGGAAAUGGCUGAGUUUUCUUCUGGUUUACACAACAACUCUGCAUAUCCAGUUGCUGCCGAUGGUCUUGCUGUUUCCUCUGGGCAGGGCACUGAUGUGGAUGAGAGUGGGUAUGCCAGUUCAGAGCCGUCGCCCCAUGAUGUGUACGCAGAUGACGAGGGUUGCAUGAAUGAACUGACAAUGGAACAGGGGGGCGCCGUGGUGUCAGGAGAAGGCAGCGCCAGCGAUACACGACUGCAAUCUGAUCAACAUCAACAGAGCAGGCACGGCUACUCCGAGCCGACCACGCGCUGUGAUAAACAAAGAAAGUGAGUGUACACGCUCAACUGCAUUUCCGCAAUAUCAUCGCGCCGCAGAGCAGUGGAG